AUGCAGGAUAGGGCCGGCAGAACAACACUCUAUCGCGCAGCAGCAGGAGGGCACGAUGAAACUGUUAAAAUACUGCUUAAUCACGGGGCGGAUGUCAGCAUUACCAAAUAUGGUAAGCCGGCGCUCUACAAAGCAUCAAAGAAGGGGCAUCUGAAAGUCGUUGAACUACUGUUUGAUCGUGGUGCUGAUGUCGAUCAAGAAACUAAAGAUGGCACAGCACUCCAAAUAGCAGCAGAGAAUGGACACGAGAAAGUUGUUGAAAUACUGCUCAAUCAUGGAGCCGAUAUCAACAUUACUGAAAUGGGCGAACCAGCACUUCUUAAAGCAUCAAAGAAUGGGCACCUGAAAGUUGUGGACAUAUUACUCGAUCACGGAGCCGAUAUCAACCAUCAAUACCAUGAAAAAACAGCGUUCAUAUUGGCAGUGCAAAAUUGGCGGCAGAAAGUCGUGGAACUACUGCUUGAUCGCGGUGCUCAUGUCAAUCAUGAAACUGUAAAUGGCACAGCACUACAGAUAGCGGCAGAAAGUGGACACCCCAAAAUUGUGGAAAUAUUACUUGAUCAUGGCGCCGACCCUAAUAUCCGAGGCUAUUUGCAUGACCGCACGGCACUCUAUGGAGCUGCAGAAAAUGGUCACCAGAGAGUUGUUGAGAUAAUGCUCAAUCAUGGGAGCGGCUCUAGGAUAGAAGACGAUGACGUCCACGCAGCACUUCAGGCAGCGGCAAAAAAUAAGCACAUGAAUAUUGUGGAGAUGCUAAAGAAGCAUACAAUGCCUGAUGCAAAAGACAGUUCUGUCGCGGGUGAAUCUUGA